UUUUCGCCCGCCGCACGUACAGACGGACCGCGUUUUCCCGUCGACGCACGCGACUCGGCAUUUCAGUGGACUGUCCGCCGUUGGUCUGAACGCCGGUGUGCGCCUGCCGAACACUUGUGUCUUAUCACUGGGUGAUAAUAUUAUAACGUUACCGUCGUCGUUGUCGUCGUGGUCGCGCGAUCGCGGUCAUCUGAUAUAGAUAAAAAUUUUGACCGAAAAAAAAUUGUUAAAAAAAAAAUCGUCCCCGACGACGCAGCCGCCGCCGCCACCGCCGCUCAACGUUGGAUCACCGGACCUCUGUUACUGUCGUACCAUGAGACGGAGUGUUCGCACCGACCGAAUUUCAUCGUAAUCCGUUAUCACCGUCCAUGCACCAGUUGCUCGGCCAGUGUUCGUGACGACGUCCUCUCAUCACACGAUAUCAUUACAACAUUCGUGACGACGAGAUCCUGCCACAUCCGAUCGAAUGGUCCGUUAAUAUAAUUAUUAUAGAUUAUUAUUGACACCGUCGCCGAUAUCGCCGAACGUCGAGUGGUCAUCUGCCGCACGGACGGAGGCAAUUUUUUUUUUCUCUAAAACCGAUAAGUUUUGUCUUUGUUAAAAAAAAAAAAAAAACGAAAACGAAAAACGAAAAACAGAAAAUUGUUCGUUAAAAACAACAAGUGAACGGUAUAUACUCGCUGAACCUCCCUAUCCCUAGAAAAAAAAAUGGCUCCACACGGGAUCACCUUCUUGAGACUGACCGGUUGGACGUGGAAAAUCGUGUUGGCCCUCAUCGCGUGCAAUCAUCUAGCUCUGAUGUGGCCGUUCUUUUUCGCCGUCGGUUGCAACGCGAAGAUCGAAAACCAGUUCAAACUGCAGUCCGCGCCCGUCGUACGCGAACGUGGUGUAACACUCACCGAGCUUCGAGUGCCCACUUCCGUAAUGGCCAGCGUAAAAAAUGGCGUCGUGCUUGAUUGCUUGUACACGCUACGUCCAAAUUCUAUCGGUCUAGUAGUAGCCUGGUAUUUCAACAACAGCGCCAGACCGGUUUAUCAGUGGAUUCCCGGACAGAAGCCUUUGAGCAUCGGCGUGUUCCGUCACAGAGCCAAUCUUGACUACAAGGUGUCCGAUGACAACGAAACUAUGCACAGGGCCUUGCACAUCAUUAAUCCGACCAUCGAGCUCUCCGGCGACUACAGAUGCGUCGUGUCUACUUACCACGAUGAAGAUUUCAUGAUCAAAAGGAUGAUCGUAUACUCCCCGGAGAAGAAGUUUGAUGUAUAUCAGAAAAGAGUCAAUAACGAUACUAUACGAGUAACUUGCAUGGUCUCUGGCGUUUACCCAGUACCUAGACUUACCCUCUACAACAACUCGGUCACAGACAAACAGAGCUACCCGUUGGUUCAUUCCCGCGUCGAUAUCAACCGCUUGAAGGACACUUCCUACGAAGUGAUCAUAAGCGUCCUGAUCAACGACGACGACAUUACCACUCAAUCCACUUUGGACUGCGAACUCAAAAUUCCGGACACCCCAUACGUCAAGAGAAAGACCUUCGUUUUCUUCCAAGAUCCAAACGCUGCCAGCAACACCUAUUCCACCAUCUUCUAUGCCGUUGCUUUCUUCUGGGUUUUCAAAUUAAUCGCCUAUUAAAUUGGCAUCAACAAUGAUAGUAUUAACCGCAACCGUAGUCCACAAUUUAAAUAACAAUGGUGUAGAAUCAAAUUCAAAAAUGUUUUGCAAUAGACACAAAAAAAAAAAUGAAAAUAAAAAAUUUAUAAUGAUAAAAAUAAUAAUACAAUAUUCAAUUCAAUUACAUCAAAAACCGAUGUGGGGGAAAAAACCAUACGCAGCUAGACAUAAUAAUAUGAAUAAUGUAGUAAUAAACAGAAAGUUAGAUAGUAACGAUUUAUUAUUGAAUCAUAAAACAAUUUCAUAUCUGAGCAAAUAAAAACUUACAGGAAAAAAAAUGAUAUUGAACCGUCAGAAGUUUGAAGCUAAUAUACCGGACACGCAACUAUUCACUCUACUCACCGUGUUAGUAAAUAAAAUAAUGUUAUUUAGUAUACGAUUUUCCGGUAGUGUAUAAGUCAGUUAUUUAAAAUUAGUUUGAGAAAACAAAAAUUAUAUAUCAUUGUUCAUUAACAAUAAAAUAUCUUUAGUCGUGUUUAAAGUUUUUCCCAGUCGUCAUGAUAAUAUACAUUAAUCAAAGUUCAAAACCUUUACACACAAUUUCGUUGACAUUUACUCAGUUAAAUGGUUUAAUACAAAACUGGCACGAAUACACUAAAGUUCGAGUGCGUAUGUUUUAAUGCAAGUCAAAAACGACCUAACUCGUUUUCAUUUUUGUUUUUUUUUUUUUUUUUUUUUACUGGUGUUAAUUAAAAAUUUGUCACACUCUCGUUACUUUUAAUAAUUAUUAUUAUACGUUUGGCUCGAACUACCCAAUACUCACGUGUUUAUAAUUAUAUAUUAUACAUAUUGUAUUUAGUCUGGUUGCUACUAAUGCGGGUUAAGCCAAUCAUUUCAUUAAUUAUUUAUAAACGGUUAAAUUAUUAAAUAGUACCUAAUACUAAUAUUAUUUACAUACAGUAUAUUAUUAUUAUUAUUAUUAUUACUAUUAAUAUUAUUAUUUUACUACCCUUAUUAUUUUAUUAUAUGGUAUAAACAUUAUUAUUUAUCGAGUAUAUUAUUACAGCAUGGUAGUAAAUUACUAUUAUUGUAAGAACAAUUGUAAUCAUAUUGUUGGUUGUUUAUGUUUUAUAUCGGGAACAUUGUUAACAGCUGAUUCGUUGUAUUACCAUAAAAUUUACGCUUACUUCUAUAUGUUAUAUGUAAUGUUUAAGAUUGUUUAUCCAAAUAAGGAAUUUUGAAAAAAAAAAAAAUGUAAAUGAAAACUUUUUGUCUACAGUGGCAUCUCUGGUGUAUCGCGAAAUGGUAUUCCGAUUGGUUGUUUUUGGUAUUUACCCCAAAAUAAUGUGUCCGGCCGAACGUUACUGUUAAAUAAACCGACCGGCUCGUACAACGAGUUACAACGGUUAUUGGAAUUAAUCACAGUAACUUCAGGAUGUUCGGAAUAAUAACAAUAAUAAUGAUAAUGUGAAAACACAAUUAUGACAAAUUAAUUAAUCUGAAAAAAAUAAUCCCUAAAGAAUAUGCGUUAUAUUA